ACCUUCCCCAAAUUACAUUUAGCUUUUCUUUUUAAUUAUCAACAACGCAACGCAUUCUUUCAUCACUUCCAACAUCCCGAGCUCCUAUUCUCCGCAACAAAGUAUGAGUGGGCUACACCUACAUGGUUGGAAACUUGUCAUCAUCGUGCUCCUCACCUUCUCGCAUCUUGUAUCAACGGAUUCGCACUUGUUGAAGGCUCUUCGAGACUCAAUAAUCACAUACCAAAGCGACAGCUGGUUCGGUUCAGACAGCACCCGGCCUUGCAACUGGACCGGAGUAACAUGCGACCAGACUCUCACGGUUACCCACCUGCAUCUCUCAUCAUGCUCCCUCUCUCCUCUCAACAUCCCAUUCCCGCUCCUUAUUGCUCACUUCAAGUCUCUCCUACACCUCAACCUCAGCCGCUGCGGCUUCACCGGCCAGAUUCCUCCGGAGUUUUGGGAUUUGGAGAAACUCCAAGUUCUUGAUCUCAGCAGCAACACACUGUCGGGCGCGAUUCCUCCAAGCAUCGGUGAAAUGAAACAGCUCAGGCAUCUCAUUCUCGACGAUAACCUAUUUUCAGACAGUUUGCCUUCUUCAAUCGGAAACCUCCUACAGCUCGAGGAACUAUCGCUGAGAUCGAAUUCUUUCUCUGGGAUUCUUCCUCGUCAACUUGGGAAUUUGAGGCUUAUGCAGUCUCUCGACAUCAGCAACAACACCUUCUACGGGAAUCUGCCUGCGGCUUUGGGUAAUCUCACAAAUCUCUCCUUCUUCACGGCCAGAAACAACAUGUUUUCUGGGGAUUUGUUUCACGAGAUUGGGAAUCUCAAGAGGCUUCAGAUUCUCGAUCUCUCCUGGAAUCCGAUCACCGGAGCUAUACCGUCUGUUAUCGGUGAUCUGGAAGAGCUCAGAGUUAUUGAUCUUCAGCAUUGCCAGUUUACAGGAAGCAUCCCUGAGGAAAUCUCGAGAUUGAGCAAUUUGACCAACUUGAAUUUGGCACAGAAUGAUUUCGAUGGAGGCUUGCCUGCAAGUAUCGGAAGGCUCCAAAAUCUCGUUUAUCUCAUCGCUUCAAACGCUGGACUGAGAGGCGUGAUACCUUCGGAGAUGGGAGCGUGCUCGAGCCUCAAGAUCCUCGACUUGUCGUUCAAUUCACUCCAAGGUCCGUUACCUGAUGAACUUGCAAAAUUAGGGUUUCUCAAUUCAGUUCUUCUCAACUCCAAUCGUCUCUCCGGUUCCCUACCAGCGUGGAUCUCGAGCUGGAAGCACAUCGAGUCCGUCGUGCUCUCGCAGAACUUCUUCAGUGGCCCUCUACCUCCACUCAACCUUCCAUCACUGCUCCACUUCGAUGCAAGUGCAAACAUGCUCAGCGGUGAGCUGUCUGCAGACAUAUGCAGCAACGCCUCUUCGUUGAAGACGCUGAUGCUGUCGCGCAACAGCUUCUCCGGCACCAUUUCUGAUCAGUUCCACAACUGCUUCAGUCUCACGGAUUUGAUACUGUCGGAGAAUAACAUCUCCGGUGAGCUGCCGGCCUACCUUGGGAAGCUUCAGAUCAUCACUUUGGAAGUGGCGAGGAACAAGUUAUCUGGUCCCAUUCCCGAUCAAAUUUGGGAGUCGAAAACGCUCAUGGCGAUCUCGUUGAAUGGUAAUCUGCUUCAGGGCUCAUUGUCAGCUGCUGUUGGUAAUGUCACAACGCUUCGCAGGCUGCAAUUGGAUAAUAAUCUGUUAAGUGGAAGUAUUCCUUCUAGUAUUGGCAGGCUUCAAAAUUUAACCAAUUUAUCUCUAAAUGGGAAUAGAAUGAGUGGUGAAAUACCAUCAGAGAUCUUCGACUGCACAAAUCUUGUUUCUUUAGACUUAGGUGGGAAUACACUAACAGGAGGAAUCCCCAAAUCUAUAACCAAGUUGAAGCUGCUGGACAAUUUGGUUGUGUCACAUAAUCAGUUAACCGGCACGAUACCUGAAGAGAUAUGCUCCGGCUUCCAGAAGGUUCCGCUGCCAGAUUCCGAGUACACGCAGCAUUACGGCAUGCUCGAUCUCUCCCACAACAGAUUAGAAGGGCUCAUCCCUUCCACAAUCCGAGACUGCACCAUUGUGACAGAGAUUCAGAUGCAGGGAAACAGGCUUAACGGAGCCAUUCCUGAGGAGAUAUGGUCACUGCCUAACUUAACUUUGCUUGAUCUCUCCUUCAAUUCUCUCUCGACUUUGGUGGCUCCUCCAUCCCUCAACUCCGUCAACCUUCAAGGCCUUAUGCUGUCGAAUAACAGAUUGAGAGGAUCCAUUCCUGGUGAUAUUUGGCCGGAGCUACCGAGUUUAGCUAAGCUCGACCUCUCCAAUAACUGCCUCACCGGUUCACUGCCGCCUUCACUGUUGAGUGCCAAGAGUUUGGCCUAUUUGGAUGUGAGCAUGAAUUCUCUCUCAGGUAAACUCAGUAUCGAAACUACGAGCUCUCUCUUGGUGAUGAAUGUGAGCAACAAUCAGUUCAGAGGCCGCCUCGAUGAUUCAAUCUCAAAUCUAGCAGCAUCGAUUUCCAUGUUAGAUCUCCACAACAACGCCUUCUCCGGCAGCCUACCGCCUUCUCUCUCGAGCCUCGGUAGCCUCACUUAUCUCGACUUAUCAGGAAACCAGUUCCGUGAUUAUUUCCCUUGUAACGUGUGCUCGAUACGCGGCUUGACUUACACCAGUUUCUCUCACAACAACUUCAUCGGAAACCCGCCCAAGUCUUGCGAGGAUGAGAAGCAGCCAUGUAAUAAGGCCCUGCCGCUACUCUCCCCUAGACAUGAUCUCCUCUCGGUUCUUGGUAUUUCUACCGCUGCUGCAGCCAUCUUCGUGACCGUGAUCGUCGUAAUUGUGCAACGGAAUGCUCGAAGACGAGACAUCAUAAUUCUCGGCGACGCCAGCACUAGGCUUGCGUGGAAGACAACAAAGGAGCCUUUGAGCAUUAACAUCGCCACUUUCGAGCAGUCCUUGUUGAAAUUGGAAGCUGCAGACAUUUCAAAUGCGACCGAGAACUUCAGCCAGAGCCACGUGAUCGGCGAUGGAGGAUCCGGCACGGUGUACAAGGCUUCGUUGCGAGGGGGCCGCACCAUAGCCGUGAAGAGGCUGAAGAAAGGGCACCUGGUGCACGGGGAGCGCGAGUUCCUAGCGGAGAUGGAGACGAUCGGAAAGGUGAAGCAUGAGAACCUAGUCUCGUUACUGGGCUACUGCGUGGUCGCGGAUGAGAGGUUCUUGAUAUACGAAUACAUGGAGAGAGGGAGCCUGGAUUUGUGGAUAAGGAAGCAGGAUGGAUUAUCACUAGACUGGGCCACGCGGUUCAAGAUCUGCAGAGGGGCAGCCAAGGGCCUGGCCUUCCUGCACCACGGCGUCGUCCCUCACAUCAUCCACAGAGACAUCAAGUCGGGCAACAUACUGCUGGACAGGGAGUUCGAGGCCCGGGUGUCCGAUUUCGGGCUGGCAAGGAUCAUAAGCGCGUGCGAGAGCCAUGUCUCGACUGUUCUUGCUGGCACGUUCGGGUACAUACCGCCCGAGUACGGGCAGGCCAUGGUGGCGACGGCCAAGGGCGACGUGUACAGCUUCGGGGUGGUGAUGCUGGAGCUGGUGACGGGGCGGCCCCCGACGGGGCAGGAUGAUGGGGAGGGGGGGAAUCUUGUUGGGUGGGUGAGAUUCAUGGGUGAAAAUGGGAGGGAAGGUGAGGUGUUGGAUCCUUGCAUGUGCGGUGUAGCUGCGUGGGAGCAUCAGAUGCGGCGCGUGCUGUGGAUUGCGAGGCUGUGCACCAGUGAUGAGCCGUGGAAGAGACCUACCAUGCUUCAGGUUGUUAAACUGUUGCACCAUACUUGGCUUGGCUAGCUGCUCAUCAAACUGUGAUAUCUAUGUGCUUUACUUUCUGAAUCAAGCUACCUCUUAUUCUGUGUGAUUAAUUAGUUGUGUUGUUGAAAUUAACUAAUCAAGGUUUGAAUGUUAUAUAUU